AUGAUGCAGAGUGAGUUCUCGUCGAGGAGAGCCACUGCUUCGAAGCUGUUUGACACAGGGGGAAGAAGCGCUAUCUCGCUCCGUGGCGCAUCUAACGUUGCUCCCUCGAGAGAGAGCAUUCUUUUAAAGGCCCGUCUGGAGCGUGAACGUCGGGCUGCCCAGCGCGCUCAAGAGAGGUCAGCUGUGGCCAUCCAAUCACUGGCACGGCAGUACUUCGAGUGCAGACGGCUUUCUAAAAUAAUAGAAGCGGAGUUGGUGGAACGCGUCGCGAAUCUUGCUCAGAGUGAGGGGCCGCUGCCAUACGACACGCACGCGGCGGUACGAUUUGUGCGUGCGCUCUGUUUCCUUGUCCAGCUUUCGAAAGCUCAGCAUGACAAGGCACGGCUACACUGGUACGAACACCGAGGCCUUAUCGGCGAACUCGUGCGCAGUACUUAUGUUUCGAUAGCUUUAAAAGGCCAUAUUUUCAUAUCGGCUGCUGCGCUCGGCGAUGAAGCCUUCCUUCUUGAAAAUGCUCGACGCUGUGCUACAGCCGUGCAGCGGUUCGCUAAUACCAUCCUUGCGCUUAUGCGAGGCCGCACAACUGGCGAAUCUGCAAAGGAAAUAUGCCGUAUAUGUGGACCAUCCGCUGAGUUCGGGAGGUUCCUCAUAGAUGCACCGACACUGGUGAUGACUAGUGAUGACAUAGACAUGCCAGCCACUGCGCACUUGUUCAGCGAAAGCUUAGCGAAACUGAUUGCAGAACAUGGAGUUACGCUUAGCAAGAGUGCAAUACGCAGAAUAUGCGAUCUCACUCUGUCGCUUCCAUCCUCGAAACACCACGUUUUCUUGCUGAGCUUUGUCGUCGAUCGGGUCGGUCCGUUGGACGAGCUCGCUUCAAAACUAACUCAGAGCGACGUUUUCCUCAAAAGUUUGAUGCACGCACUCGAAUGGGAUCCGGAAAACUGGAGGCGUUUUGCGGAACUAUUGGAGAAGCACGAUGCUAUGAACCACCGCGUAUGCGCUGUCCUUGCAUUCUCUCAUUCCCGAGACUACCUCCGUCAAAUGUGGCAUUCGCUCAUGAUUUCUUCAUCGGGGGCCUUGCUUCGACUCUUCUGUGAGUCCUUCCGCGUAUCAACCUUAGUGAUGGACGACGAUGACUUUUACUCUGCGACCAAUCUGUCCUUUGUUCUGGAGAUAAUCAAUGAGUUGAAAGAACAGCUGUUUUGGAGACUCUACACAACAAGCACAGGUGCCCGCCCGACUGGCCGGAACAAAUGGGACUUGGCCGCGGCUGACGUUCUACAGGCGUCUAGUCGCUUGUUGCUAGCGCUAUGGGCAAGGGAUGCAAGGCGACCCUUUACAGUACAACGUGAGUCGCUCUGGGAAGUUCAGGCUGCACGCAAGGCACCGGAGCUGUUCGUGCGUGAAUCUGUUCGGAAAAAUAGCGGUAUGCCGCUGCUGCGAAUGGCUCCCUUCUCCAUCUCUUUUGAGACGCGCGUGCGCAUCUUCCACGGAUGCAUAGCACAGGAAAAGGCGCGAGCCGGCGGAGGUCAGUCUUUCUUCGGUAUGAAUGGGAUUUGGAUCACUAUACGGCGUAACUUUAUCGUCGAGGAUGCUUUUGCGCAACUGAACUCUCUGGGAUCCAGACUUCGUGAGAAUAUUCGAGUUAAAUUCGUGGACGAGUACGGCCUUGAGGAGGCCGGUGUUGAUGGAGGUGGUGUCUUCAAAGAGUUCAUGCAUCAACUGAUUCGAUUCGCAUUCUCGCCGACCCAUUAUGGUCUAUUUAAGGCAACAGAUGGUGGGGAGCUUUUCCCUAAUCCGGCCUCGAGUGUCAUCGCACCGUCGAAUCAUUUGGAACAGUUUUCUUUUCUUGGGCGUAUUCUGGGCAAGGCGCUCUACGAUGCGAUCUUGGUAGAUCUCCCGAUAGCAUCAUUCUUCUUACGCAAACUGUUGGGUAUAAGUAAUGAUCUUAACGAUUUGCGUUCUCUGGAUCCGGAGCUGCAUCGAAAUCUGAAAUUUCUUCGGCAUGCUGAUCCUAACUCGUUUGGAGACCUUUGUCUGACAUUUACUGUUGUCGACAAUGAAUUCGGGGAAGCAGUUGAGAAGGAGCUGAUUCCUGGAGGGAGUUCCAUUCCAGUGACUUGGGACAAUCGGCUGGAGUACAUGCAUCGCGUAGCUGACUAUAGGCUGAAUCGGCAGAUCAAAGCACAGACGACAGCCUUUAUGAGCGGUUUCUUCGAUGUCAUCGAGAGAGAAUGGAUUCAGAUGUUCAAUGAAUGGGAGCUUCGUGAGUUGAUCUCAGGCGAUUGCUCUGGCAAGAUUGACAUUGACAACUUGCGCAGCAACGUAACAUACUCAGGUGGAUACUCCGAGAACUCGGGAACGGUUGAACUGUUUUGGCAAGUUGUGCAAGAAGAUCUAUCGGACUCAGAGCGAGCAGCCCUUCUCCAAUUCGUGACAAGCUCGCCAAGAGCACCCCUGCUCGGGUUUCAGUAUCUGAACCCCCCGUUUUGCAUUCAAAAAGCUGGUGACGACGCAUCACGGUAUCCCACGGCCUCCACGUGCAUGAAUCUGCUCAAACUCCCCCCAUAUUCGACUCGAGAGGCCAUGCGGGAGAAGCUGAAGUAUGCUAUUACCCAAAAUUUCGGAUUCGACCUCUCGUAG